AAAUUGGCGGCAGCACCCGUCACGUACUGUCAGAAAUAUUCUGUAUUAAAACUUUAAGGUUCGAAUACUCAUCACAUAUUGUCAAAUUAACUAACCAAAAUUAAAUAACACUCAGUAUUCGCCAGCGUAGCAGACGUCUUUAUUUUGCAAGGGUGCAAAAUAAGAUCUGUAGUGAUCUGCCAAUAGUGCAAAAAUGGCUGCACUCGUAACAAAAACUCAUUUUCAAGUUGCCAAGAGGCAAUCACUAUAUACUCUGAGUGUAGCUGUGCAGUCAUGUAACUACUCUCAAAAACCCAGAGUCAUAAAAAAUCCGACGCUUGCUUCUAUGAAAAGAGGAACUGGUGGUCGCAGCUCUUUCAAUGGCAUCGUCUGCACUGUUUUUGGUAAUUCUGGAUUUAUUGGUAGACAUGUGGUCAAUCGACUUGGUAAAAUAGGAACCCAAUUAAUAUUACCCUAUAGAAAAGAAUUCUACGAUGUUGCUGAUUUGAAGCUCUGUGGAGAUCUUGGUCAAGUAUUAUUCCAUCCUUUUGACUUACGCGAUGAAGAUUCUAUACUGAAGUGCAUUAAAUAUUCCAAUGUUGUCGUAAAUCUCAUCGGCAGUGACUGGGAAACUAAAAACUUCAAGUACAAUGAUGUUCAUGUAGAAGGUGCCGCAAGAUUGGCAAGGCUUUGUGCACAAAGUGGAGUUGAACGAUUCAUUCAUGUUUCAUGUUUGAAUGCUGCUGCAGAACCAAAGCCUAUUUUACUGCCAGAAGGUUCUAGAUUAUUUAAAUCUAAGUGGGAAGGUGAAUGGGCUGUUAAAACAGAAUUCCCCAAUGCUACUAUUAUUCGACCAGCGGAUACAUAUGGAACAGCUGAUAAAUUCUGUCGCUUAUAUGCUAAUAGGUGGAGAAUGCAUUUUAGAGGUGUUCCCUUGUACAAAAAAGGAGAACAAACUGAAAAACAACCAGUCUGGGUUGGAGAUGUAGCUGCUGGUAUUGUUGCUGCAAUCAAAAAUCCACAAGCUGCAGGAAGAACUUAUCAAUUUGUCGGACCUCAUCGGUAUAAGUUAUCAGAUUUAAUGGACUGGUUCCAUGAAAUUUUGAGAAGAGAAGCUGCUGACUAUGGUUAUCAAAGAAUUGAUUUAGAUUGGGCACCACUUUUUAAACUCAAAGUUACUCUUACUGAAAUGCUUAGUCCUGCUUAUCCACUAGGAUUGUUACACUGGGAGGGUUUGGAAAAGGAACACACAAGUGAUAGAGUAAUAAAAGGUGUCCCAACUCUUGAAGAUCUUGGAAUUACACCAAUACCAGUUGACACGCAAAUACCUUGGGAACUUGAUCCACAUCGUUUUGAUGGUAGCUACGAAGCUGAUUAUGGAGAAUAUUCCGAAAUAAUUCCACCAAAACCCGUUGAAAGCGUUAGAAUAUAAAUGAGUUAUAUGAAAGAAUUGUAAGCUUAUUCUAGGUAAAGAAACUCUAUGUAUUAAAUACAAGCAGUGUAUACUGAAUUCAUUCAAAAUAUGUUUUUUUUUUGUUACCAACGACAAAAAUGGAAAAUAUUACGGCUGUAU